AUGCCUAUCAAAGUGGCCAACAACUUCGAUUCGAAAGGCAGACCUUUCCAUCUAGCUAAAUCCACUCGAGAGCGACUUGAGAAUGCUGGAUUGGAUAUCUCUAAAGGAUACCCUUACUACCCCGACAAACCCAAAGAUCUCGAUGCGGCUCUGCGAAAGCAAGCAUGGGAAUUCAAAGAGCCUGGAUUGAGGGCAGACAGGGAGAAGAAAGCUCUUUUGAGCGCUGCGAAGGAAGUUAACGACCUUUCGCCUCAUUUGGGUACAGAGAUUGUCGGUCUUCAAUUGUCGGAACUGACAGAUCAACAGAAAGAUGAACUUGGUUUAUUGAUUGCUGAGAGGACUGUCGUCUUCUUCCGUGAUCAAAAUAUCACUCCUCAAGAACAACUUGAAUUAGGGAAAUGGUAUGGAGUACCUGAAGUGCACCCCACAGCUGCCCGAGUGCAUAAGGAUUUACCUGGAGUUACCAUCAUAAGUGAUGAGAUCGCAAAAACGAAUGGUCUCGAACCUGAUUAUAAAAGUCCUUUCGGUACUCAGAAUUGGCACACUGAUUUGACUCACGAGCCUCAACCUCCUGGAGUUACCCAUCUUCAUCUCGAUCAUAUCCCUGGAGUAGGCGGCGAUACUUUGUGGGCAUCAGGAUACGCAGCGUACGAUAAACUCUCACCGGCUUUCCAAAAAUUGAUUGAACCUCUUGAAGGAUUAUAUCGAUCAGUCCACAGUUACACCGAUCCUGUAACGGGCAAACAAUCUCCCAUUAUCAACGCUCAUCCAAUCGUGCGAGUCAACCCCGCAACAGGCUGGAAAGCUUUAUUCGUAAAUUCAAGAUUCACAAUUGGUAUUAAGGGUUUCGAAUACUCUGAAGCUCAAGCUAUCUUGAAGAAAUUGUUCCAAGUUUAUGAGCAAAAUACAGAUAUACAAAUUCGAUUCAAGUGGACACCUCGUACUUCCGCUCUAUGGGAUAACAGGAUUUCGAUCCACUCGGCAGUAUAUGACUAUCUCGAUGAGGUGACCGAUGAACCUCGACAUGGCACGAGGGUAUCUUCGUUAGCUGAAAGACCCAUCUCAGUAGCCGAAGCGCCCAACGCGGUCAGUAGGAGAGAAGCUCUGGGUUUACCAACUGGAAAAGUGCAUGAACAAUAUAGGGAUACUUAUUAUUCGUAG